ACGUCUUGCUGAUUGGCUGAAAAAUAUGGAGUCAGGUGACGUCAGAUUUCCGGGUUUUGCUAGGACGUUGAGAGGUAACUCUCGGUCAUUCUGACAAACGUGAGUCUGAAGAACCGGUACUGACUGAGGCUGCUGUAACCAACUGAAGGUCAAAUUUUAAAGAAAAGAGGAAGUGAGGCACUGCAACUGCACAACCACAUGACUUACAUAGUAUCAGCGUACUAAAGAAAACUCAUUCAGAUUUUGACCACCUCAGUCUCUAAACACCCAUGACCAUGUCCAUGAAAAUGGACCUUAGCAAUGUCCUCCUCCUCCCAGUCCACAUGCUGGUAUGGCUGUAUUCAGUGCUGAGCUUCCUACCCUGGUAUAUCCUGUCGGGGGCCAAGGAGAAGAUAGUCCAUGCCAAGCGGCUCAAGGCUAAAUCUACCAAAGGUCAGAUUGAGGGACCCUAUCGCUCUGUGGACCACUUCAACUCCCUGGCCCUGAUGGACUUCCCUGGAAAAGACACAUUGGACAAACUGUUCGAUCAUGCAGUGCAGCGCUUUGGGGCGUCGCACUGCCUGGGAACACGAGCAGUUCUGAGUGAAGAGAAUGAAACCCAGCCAGGUGGCAAGGUCUUCAAAAAGCUGAUCUUGGGGGAUUACAAGUGGAUGACGUAUAAUGAGCUGGAUGUUGAAGUUACUCUCUUUGGCAGUGGCUUGGCAGCACUGGGCCAGCAGCCAAAAAACACCAUUGCUAUAUUCUGUGAGACGCGUGCUGAGUGGAUGAUCACAGCUCAGAGCUGCUUCAGACGCAAUUUCCCAUUGGUCACAUUUUAUGCAACUCUUGGAGAAGACGCUGUGGCCUUUGGUCUAAAUGAAUGUGGGGUGACUCACUUGGUAACUAGUAUGGAGCUUCUGGAAACCAGGUUAAAGGGUGUCCUUCCUCAAAUCCCCAACCUGAGGCACAUCGUUUACGUGGACAACAAGAGCCUCAACACUGCAGACUAUCCAGAGAACAUUCAGAUUCACAGCAUGCAGUCUGUAAAGGAGCUCGGAGCAAAGCCUGAAAACUUGAAUAGGGAGAUAGUCAAACCCGUCCCGUCAGACUUGGCUGUCAUCAUGUACACCAGUGGCUCCACAGGACGACCCAAAGGAGUCGUGAUUGUCCAUAGCAAUCUCAUUGCAGGCAUGACAGGCCAGUGUGAGAGGAUCCCAGGUCUAGGCUCCAUGGACACGUACAUAGCUUAUUUGCCCCUGGCCCAUGUGCUGGAGAUGACUGCGGAGAUCUCGUGCGUAGCCUACGGCUGCAGGAUUGGUUACUCCUCCCCGCAGACACUCUCUGAUCAGUCUACAAAAAUUAAAAAGGGCAGUAAGGGCGACUGCACUGUCCUAAAGCCAACGCUGAUGGCGGCUGUACCAGAAAUAAUGGACCGCAUCAAGAAAAAUGUCUUGAAUAAAGUGCAGGAGAUGAAUGUUGUGCAGAGGACCCUGUUCAACCUGGCCUACAACUACAAGCUGGAACAGAUCAAGAACGGCUAUGAUGCUCCCCUUUGCAACAUGAUGUUUAAGAAGGUGAGGGCUCUGUUGGGAGGACAUGUGCGAAUGAUGCUGUCAGGAGGGGCUCCUCUGUCCUCUUCCACGCAGCGCUUCAUGAACAUCUGUUUCUGCUGCCCUGUCGGUCAGGGCUACGGCCUCACCGAGACCUGUGGAGCAGGAACGAUCACUGAGGUGACGGACUACAGCACAGGAAGAGUCGGAGCUCCUCUCAUUUGCUGUGAGGUUAAAGUCCGAGACUGGGCAGAAGGUGGCUAUACAAAGCUGGACAAACCUCAUCCACGGGGAGAGGUUUUAAUUGGAGGUCCAAAUGUGACCAUGGGCUACUACAAGUUUGACAACACGACCAGUGACGAAUACUUUGUGGAUGAAAAUGGACAGCGUUGGUUCUGCACUGGAGAUAUAGGAGAGAUUCACCCUGAUGGCUGUCUGCAGAUUGUGGAUCGUAAGAAGGACCUUGUGAAACUGCAGGCUGGAGAGUAUGUGUCUCUGGGCAAAGUUGAGUCAGCACUGAAGAACUGCUCCCUCAUUGAAAACAUCUGCGCAUAUGCCAACAGUGAUCAGAACUAUGUGAUCAGCUUUGUGGUACCAAACCAGAAGAAGCUGACCGCUCUGGCUCAUCAGAAGGGUAUCGAAGGCUCAUGGAUGGACAUCUGCAACCAUCCAGUUAUGGAGAUGGAAGUCCUGAAGGAAAUUAAAGAAGUUGCCACUUCAAUUAAACUGCAGCGCUUUGAGAUCCCAGUAAAAGUCCACCUGAGCCCAGAACCAUGGACUCCUGAAACCGGCUUGGUCACAGACGCGUUUAAACUGAAGAGGAAGGAGCUGAAGAAUCACUAUCUCAAUGACAUUGAGCGAAUGUACGGCCGCAAAUAAAAAAACAGCCAAAUACUAUAAACCGUCAUCACUCUGCUGCCAUUCAGCUCAUGCUGCAUAUGUCGUAUACAGUACACAUCAUCACUUAGUGUGGCACACACACACACACACAUCCUGAGAAUCUACUGUGCUGUUCUGUUUCCAAACUAUUGGUCAUAAUACUGUAGAUAAUAUCAGCAGAUUUGUAACAGUCUAUCCAGAGCUUUAGUCUCUUUGCUGUAGAAUAGUUAGUUCACUUAGACGUGUUGCACGAGACUCGGUUAAAGGGACAUUCAAAUUUACAAAACAGAAAUGCUUUCACUUAAAAACUGAUUCGUGCAGGUUCUCAACCAUAUAAUUGCUUUUAAAAUGCCAUCACCUUUAGCUGUUUGUAUUUUUGUAAAAAAAAGAAAAAAGAAAAGAAAAAUGAUUGGUUUGUAUUUUCAUCUUUCUAGUACACUUGUGUAAAGAAUCUGAAGGCCAAAACCAGUCAUUAGAUACGAGACGAGGUUGUCACUUUACAGAGAGCUAGGCUGUGCUUCUCUUCCUUUCUGAAGUGAGCAGCGUAUGGUGAUCUCUUUGUGCCUUCUGAGCAGUCUUUUUCAAUAGCAGAGUGCUCCUGUUAGGAACUACGCAUAUCCACUGAUGUACUCGAAAGGAUUUGCAAUGGCUCUAUGACUGAUCGAUUAUCUUUCUUUGUGUGUGACUCAGAUUUUUUGGCUGUGCUUCGUUUUGCUUGCAUUAAGUGGUUUUUCAAAUGUUAAUAUUGUGCUAAUUUAUUGAAUGACCUUGUACUUUUGGAAGGACUCAGGACUGUAAAAUCAUAGCCAGCAGUUAUGAAGGGAAAGCAUUUGAAAUAUUUAUCUGUAAAAACAACAAUUGCUGAAGCUCACAAUGUUUAACCAGUUCCCAUAGCAGUCUGUUGAAUAUAUUUGACAGUAUUUAGUGACUAGAAAUUACUGACUGAGAAUUCAGAUUGUACUUUUGUCUUUGGACAUAUUUUCUGUUUAAAUACUGUUGCAAUUGCUUGUUGUGCCAGUUUAGUAUACACAGCCUACUUUUUUUGCACUAUAAUUUAUUUGAGUUGCAGCUUAAAAAAAAAAAAGCAGAAUUCCAUUUGAAGAUUAGACACCAAUCACCUUACAAAAUAUUUAAUUACUAUUGAAAAACGUAUUGUUCGUUUGCACUGUUUAUUUAAUUUAAGUGUGUUAAAUGUCUUGACAUUAUUUAAAGAGCAGCCACUGUACCAACAAAGACUAUGUUGUUUGAAAUGGACUGGGAUUGUGUGUUCACCCUUCUGAAGGGAUAUGAUAUUAAUAAAACACAUAAAAAAUGAAUUCAUUUUAAGACUUGAAAGACUUUCCAUCAAACCUCAGGGUCCCAGCUUAAUUCUUUGUAAUGGACCGUUUGAAAUGAACGUUAGAGGAUCCCAUGCAUUUGCUUGAAUGUUUCAUGACACUCUUAUUUAUUCAAUUUUGUGAACCACAUUCUGUAUGUAAUAUACAUUGUGAUAAUUAAAUUGUUUUCUACAGAGUA